UAACAAAGGGCAAUGGAUAAAAAGCCUUCAGCUUCAGUUCUCUUGUUCUGGUAUUAAUCGCCAGGAUACCACCAUGCGUGCUCUUUUGCCACUUAUAGGGGCACUGUGUGUUUUAGAAGCAAACAUCUUUGUCUCUGCAGGAAAGAGAAGGGUGACGAGAGAACCUGAUGUGCUAUCUCCCAUUGAUUGCUUGCUGAGCCCAUGGAGUGACUGGGGACCAUGUAGUCCAUGCACAAAAGCAAGGUAUCGCUCUAGGAGUGUCCUGAAGUAUGGACAGUUUGGUGGGAAGCCAUGCUUGGAGCGUCUGGGGGACAGCAUGCCCUGUGUACCAGCCAGUCCUUGCCCUGAAGAAGAAAUGGAAGGACAAGCUGAUUGCGGCAAAGACUUCCGAUGUGAAAAUGGACGCUGUAUAAAGAACAGGCUGAAGUGCAAUACGGAAGAUGACUGUGGGGAUUUUUCUGAUGAAGAUGACUGUGAAGGCAGCCUCCGCCCACCGUGUCGUGACCAUAUAAUUGAUGUAUCUGAGGUUGGAAGAACAGCUGGUCAUGGUAUCAACAUUCUUGGAAUGCAACCCAAGUCAAGUCCGUUUUACAAUGAGUUUUACAAUGGAAUGUGUGAAAGAGUCCGUGAUGGAAAUACUGGCAUAUAUUACCGCAAGCCGUGGAACGUUGCUGUGCUCGGUUAUGAAACAAAAGGAGACAGAAGAAUGACUACCAAGUUAUAUCAAGACCAGGUGACUGCCGUGAAAGUGAUGUACAGCAAGAGAGAAAUGACUAGGGACACUACCUUAUCUCUGAAAUUCCAUCCGACUGAAGUAUCUGAAAAUGGGAGCGUGUCUUUCCAUUUUAGCAGAGACUCCCAUUUUUCUGCAAAUGAAAGUAUACACAAUUUUUUGAAGAUGUCCAAGGGAAAGCAACAAGUAUUUCUUCAUGUGAAAGGAAGCAUAGAAAUGGGACAUUUCCAAAUGAGAAGUCGUGAUGUCCGGCUGACUGACACUUUCCUUGAGGAUGUAAAGUAUCUACCCAGUGCAUAUGAUAAAGGAGAGUAUUUUAAAUUUCUGGAAAUGCAUGGAACUCACUAUGCACGGAAGGGGACUGUAGGAGGCGUAUAUGAACUACUGUAUGUGUUGGACACCCAGUCUAUGAGUUCUCAAGGAGUUUCCAUAGAGGAUGUAAAGAGCUGCCUGGGAUAUAACAUGAAUUAUGGUUUAACAGUUGAUGCCAUUCAAAUCAACAGUGGCGAUAAAAAACGUGAAUGUAUAAAUAAAAACAUUAUAAAUGCUGACAACUUGACUAAUACUGCAAUUAUCCAGAAUGUCAUCUCUUCAGUUCAUGGAGGGAAGAGUACAGUUUUGUCUAGGUUGCAUGAAAUGCUGUCCAGAGCUGGCAAGAUUGUUGAUGUUGAAGACUAUGUCCAGUGGGCUGCUACAUUACCAGAUACCCCGGCAGUGAUAACAUAUGAACCAUUUCCAAUCUCUACACUUAUACCUUUGACCAUACGGGACUACUCUGUAAAGAAACAAAAUCUGGAUCGAGCCGUGGAGGAUUAUGUUGCUGAAUACAACGUGUGCAAGUGUCAGCCCUGCCAAAACGGUGGCACUGUGAUACUGGUGAAUGGAAGGUGUGAAUGUGGGUGCUCCCCCUACUUUAAGGGAGAAGCCUGCCAGACGCCCACACCAGGUUUCACACCAGCUCAGACAGCCACUGAGGGGAGAUGGAGCUGCUGGUCAAGCUGGUCAAGCUGCGACCGAGGAGAACGUGUUCGAACAAGGCAGUGUAACAACCCUGCCCCUAGUAAUGGGGGAAGGGACUGCUUAGGCACAUCCUCUGAACCAGACUAUUGUGGUGACAUCAAAUAGAGACAAAAUGCAGCAGAUGUCUGAUGGGAAAGCCUGAAUGGUUCUCGGAUGUAAGCAUCAAACUUUCUGCAAUCAAGGAGAUUUAAAAGAUAAACCAGAUGCAUUCUGAAUCAUAGAUUUUCAGUUAUUGUUAUCAAAAACAGAGUUGACAAUAAACUUAAGCUGAUGA